AUGUAUAACAGAGAUCAAGAACAAUUCAAUACGCAGUCAAUAACACAACUGAAAAUCUCCAUUAGUGAGUACUUCCAGACAGAUGAAGAUAAAUGGUUAAUUAUUGUUUUUUCCGAAUGUCAGCUUCAUCCAAAAAAAUGUGAUGGACAUUAUGGUGGUGGCGACCUCCAGGUAACCGGCCUCUCCGUGCGCCUGUGUCUCCUCUCAGUCGUCCUCACAGCCUGGCUCAUUAUCGUCUUCUACACGAGCGUCCUCAUGUCCUCCCUGGCUGUCCCGCUCCUCAGUCCUCCCUUCAAGGAUAUGCACGGACUCCUCAUGGCUGGGACUCAUAACCUCGGCCUCCAGGAAGGGAAUUCAGAGGUGGAGAGAAUGAGGACCUCCCAAGACCCGGUCCUGCAGAAGGUGUGGUCAGACAUCGUCCUGCAGGACCCCACCAACCUCGUCCCGAGCGCCAACGAAGGAAUCCGUAGAAUCCUCAAGGAGCGAUUCGCCUUCCUGAUGGACCUGGAGUACUUCGCCUACCACAGGGGGAGCGACUGCCGCCUCUUCCCUUUGCCCGACCACAUCUUCACGUACGGGGCGGGGAUGGCCGUUCGGAAGGGCUCGCCGCUCCGGCUGGUGUUCAACGAUCAGGUCCUGCAACAACAGGUGACAGGGAUCACGGAUCGGAACAGGAAGAGACAUCUGCCGAGUCCUCCUCUCUGUGCUCCCGACGGUCCUGAGGCCUUAGGACUCGGCACCCUCCUCACUUCCUUCCUCCUUCUCGCCGCUGCCUCCGUCGUCGCCUUGCUCGUGCUGUUCCUCGAGGUCGUCUACAGUCGUCAUUUCAAGCGCACGGACUCAGCUGGGGACAAUCGAGAGUUAAUCCUUUAUCCUCUGAUUGUGUAA